GUCAAUUCUUAAAUAUUUCUGCUUCAAAAAUUUGAAACUAAACUUCAAAGUAUUAAAACAAUGCUGCGCGUAAUUUCCCUUCUUUUUGUAUUUAUUGCAGUUUCAAAUGCUGAAGAACGAAAGGUAACUUUUACAUCAGGAAAUAUAAUUCAAGGCAAAUUUGCCGAAGGUGUAAAGAUAACAAAAAAUAAGCAAGGCCAACAGGAAAUUGAGUGGAAUGAAGAGUUCGGCAGUAAAAAUCCGUUGACAGUUUACCUCUCACAUAUUUAUGAAGAUACGUCAGUUCUGGAAGUAGUUGAAGUCAGUGAUUUGUGUGCAAACUAUGAGACAGGAUCUUUUCAGGAUACAGUUAAAUAUUUUUUUCUAAGAAAAUUCAGAGGUACUAAUCGAUGCCCAGUAAAGAAGGGUAAGAAUGUAAUUAAAUAUCCUAUGAUAAACUCGUACGAAGCAAAAAAGGGAGCUGUUACUUGUGGACCAAUUAUAACAACAAUGCAUGUUGUUAAAAAUAAGAAUCCAAAAACUGGUGAAGCACCUUUGUUAUUUACUGCUCAAUUGAGAGGAGCUAUAUCUGGCGCCAAUUGUUAGUAAUAUAAGAAUUAAUAUUUUAUUUUGAUUUUGUAUUA